GCGGGGUUUGGACAGUGAUGGCAAAGGUACGGAAGGAGGUGAACGACAUCCUUUUGAUUAUUAAUUAUGGCCUUCUAUCUUUGAUUUCCAUCCCUCAUCUUUCACCUCUCCCUACCUCUUCCAAUGCUCGCUCCGCUCGUGACACAUUUCCGCCGACUACACAGACUACAAAUCACAAGUACUUCUUCCAUUGUCCUCCCUCCGCCUUACUGUUUAGGCAUGACAGGUAUCCCUUUCAAGGAGGGCUAUCUGCACUUCGACUGGCGCUGGCGAGAUUUAAUCUGAUGUCGCCCUUUGGCCCCCGCUUUCGGUCGUCGGUCGGGAUGGAAAUAUCUUACAUCAAGAGUCAAAGGAUCGUUUUCCCUCUCCCAUCCUUCUUCAUCCUAAAGUACGUUGUAUCCCUCGUACUUACAGACUGGCCGGAUUAGUCGCCCAUAGCGAGUGGAUGUUACAAAGGAUCAAUUCCCAUCUCCUCUAUCGUAUCAUCCCAUCUGCCGCCUGCUAUCGAACAGACGGAAGCA